AACAGAUGUGGGAUGGGAUGUCGUGUAGUGACGUAAUUUCCGCAUUCCGGCUUCUCCUAUUGGUCCGAAAAGGGAGUGAAUUCUUUUUUUUUUUUUUUUUGUGCAAUGGGGGGUGUAAAAACAUGGAGAUGAGCACCGGUGGAGUGUUGACCAGGUGCCCACGCUGAUCCGCCGGACAGGAUGAAGGCGCUGAUCUACGGCUUCUACGCGGCGGCUCUCGGGCUGCUCCUGACCGGCUUGCGGGAGCUGCUGUUCGGCUUCGAGGAGAACCGGUGCAGCAUGACCUACAUGUUCGAGUAUCCGGAGUACCGGCGUGUCCAGCUCCCACGGCGUGUGGCACGUCAGUACCCCGCCUAUGGACUCUACCUGUACGGCGAAGGCGUGUACGCUCAAGAAACACGGAAUCUCAAACUCAGCGGUGCUCCUGUACUCUUCUUACCUGGAAACGCUGGCAGCUACAAGCAAGCUCGAUCUCUGGGCUCGGUGGCGUUGAGAAAAGCCGAGGGGUUGGACGGAGGGAUCCACCUCAACGUCUUCACCGUCGAUUUUAACGAGGAGCUGGUGGCCCUGUACGGUGGAAGCCUGAUCCGGCAAACCCGCUUCCUCCAUGAGAGCAUCAAGGUCAUCCUGCAACUUUACAAGGACCACCCGGAUCCUCCGAGCGGUGUCGUGUUGGUGGGCCACUCUAUGGGCGGUGUGAUCGCGAGAGCUCUUUUCGCCCUCCCUCGCUUCAACCCUCGCCUGGUCAUCCUCAUCCUCACCCAGGCCUCGCCUCACCUGGCCCCUGUUCUCUCCUUGGAUCCCUUCAUACUCGAUUUCUAUUCGUCCGUGCGACGGCGCUGGAUCGCCCGAGCUGAGGAUUUACGCAACGUGACGGUCCUGUCUAUGGGUGGCGGAUAUCGGGACUAUCAGGUCCGCUCCGGCUUGACCUCCUUGACCUGCCCUGAGGAUGACCCGAACAAGAUGGCCGUUGUGGUGACUGCCGUUCCCAGGACAUGGGUGUCUACGGAUCACCUGUCCAUCGUGUGGUGUAAGGAACUGGUGCUGGCUACCGUUCGAGCGUUCUUUGACCUCAUCGACCCUGAAACUGGGCAGUUCACAAACGAUACCGAAAAGAUGACGUCUAUACUGAAUCAUCACUUCAUUCGCCACCCGGGACGACUUCCUAACGAGCAAGUCAACACACCAGUCAGCUUCUCAGGCAGCCUGGAGGACUGGAGUGAAGUGAACACACUCCGUCUAUUCUACAGCGCCCCCAAGGACACCCGGGUUCAGUACUUCCUGUUUGCGCUUUCCAGCCGGAGGAAAGCCUACACCCAUUUCUACUGCCGCAACAGCAAACUGGAAAUGUCCAGCUGGAUCUUCGGCUGCACCCUGAUGAACGGCUCUAUGUGUGUGCAAGCCGUGGAUUUGUCCUUCAGUACAGAACUUCUUCCAGCUUAUAAGGUCCUAACUGUGAAACUAAGUGAGCUGUUGACGGUCUCUCAUCUGGUCAUCGAUGCCUCAAACACCAAUGCACGACAGUUUAUAUUGGAGUGCAAGUGGCAAAGAGAUGAAAGCCUGACCAUCGCUCUUCCUGUCCCUCAUGUUCUUUCUUUUGGAUUGACAGUAAGUGAGGUCACUAUCAACUCAUCCAGGCUACUACACACACUUCAACUGCAGCACUUUCACCAGGUUUAUCAGGCCUUUAUAAUCAGCGUGAGCAGCCAAUGCAAGACCCCGAAAGAAAGACUGCCAAGUGUCUUCAGAUUGAAGGUGCCAUGGUUUCGAGAAGAUUCCUUCGUCACGGCAGGCAUUCCUUCGGUCACAGAGAUCAGUGGCAUGCUGCAUACAAGCCGCCAAGACAAUACCUCAAGUGCCCUCUUAGAGCUCCACACUGCCCCCAACUGCCAGUACAAGAUCUCAGUGCGCAGCUCCUUCCCUAAAGUGCUUGGACAGAUCCUGCGUUUCUGCGGACCCGCAAUGCCGGUGUACGUUGCUGUGGCGCUGUUGCUCGCUUUGAAGGGUCAGCUGCAUUCUGUACUGCGAACGGGACGACCCGCGAACGUGAGAGACGCUGUAGCGAAAAGUGUGCAGCUACAUAAACUAGAGCCUCCUGUCUUGCUGCUGCACCUGUUCCUCAGACAGGGCUGGUUCCAGGAAAGCUGGUCUGCCCUAGGGCUCCCUGCAGUAGACUACUUGCCUCUAACCCCGUUCGGAGACCUUUCACAUGAUGUAGUGGGGCCUGGGCAUGACUGGCCCCGCCUUGUUUCACCUCUGCUGUGCAUUCUGGGUGCUGCCGUGGCAUUUUGGGGAAGUGCUGUCCUUAGCAAGUCUUUACGUGUCCUGUCUUUCCUCUUGGCUCCACUGCACAGACCUUCAGUCUCUCGCCACUGUGGUACACUUCGACUUCCCGCUCAGAUCCUCCUCAUCCUCGGUCUGACCACGCUGGGCGGAGUCACCUGCGGAGCCCUGUCAGUCACCGCCGUUUUUUUGCUCCACCUCUACCGGGUCCUCCGAUUACAGAUGACCGAAAGGUCUUUGCGCCACAUGCUGAACCUAGCACCCCAAAGCAUGCAGCAGAACUCUGAAAACGGUUGCAGGGCAAAUGAAAGCCAGAGGAGGCAUAACGAUUGUAAUGGCACCUUACUGCUCUCAGAGUCCGCACUGCAAGAGGUCCGAGACGACCUGCAGCUUCACCUGACCGUGUCUGCGUUGCUGACGCUACCGGUGAUGCUCGGCGCACCCUCGCUCAUCUACUGGAGUCGGAACUUCAGGUUUUCAGCUCAUCUCGAUCCAGACCCAUUCUGGCCCCACACUUUGCCUCUGCUCAUCUCCUCUGUGUUAGUUGUGAAUUGCAAUACGCUCACUCUUUACCACAGUAAGCUGAUCCGGCAGGCCACCGUAUGCGUCCUGCUCCCUCUCAGUGUUGCCAUGUUGACCUUUUCCACCCUUCAUCUCUAUCGGGUCACUUACUUCCUGUCCGCUGCUCUGACGCUGCUGGCGGCUUCCUGCUACCUUUGACCUCCGUCUCAGCUCUUCGUGCCAGACCGAAACAGCCUUGUCCUCACAACGGAGGUGUUCCAGUGGAUUGUAAAAUCGUGUCGUCGGUCAUGUGACAUCACGCUGCCGAACAGGGUAUCCGAGUCCCGUAAGAGAGUCAUGCUGUGUGUGUACCUUGUCGACCAGCACUGGGCUCGGCCUGCUUCUUCUGCCUUUGUGUUCUUUCGCUUUUUUGUUUGCGUGCCCAGCCUUAAAUCAAUUUUUCGGGUCAAGUAUGUGCAUUAUUUGUGAAUAUUUGCGCUCUAAGAGUGUCGUACCACUCGGUGGCGCUGCGUUCUUAAGAACUGGACCCUCUAAAAUGCGGAUUUUGUUCACGACAAGCACAACAACCGUCAAAUCCUGCAGUGUCAUGGUCUUUUUUUAACAUGGAUGUUUUUGUGUAAACAUUUCUCCAAUUUCACCUCAGAUUAUGAGCCUUAUGAGCCUUAUGAACCAAGAUGUGAUGUCCAAAGGUUUACUCUGGAGUUCCGGCCCAAUUAACAAGAAAUGAAAUGAGUUUUCAAAGGCUCAUAGGAGAAGGAAAUAGGAGGCAGGCGACAAGAUUCAACCUAUUUUAUGUUUACUGUUCAAGCACAUACACACGCUAAUCUGUUUUCGGGUCAAUUUUAGCCUACGCUGCUGUGUCCUGUCUUGCAAAAUAACGUAAACCGCUGUGUGCAUCCAGUUUUUUCUUCCUGCAGCCUUAAAUGUGUGGUUAAGACCCUCUUAAUGUAACCUUGGGAACAUCUUAUACUGAGAACAAAUGCAUGUUGAGGAAAUCUGUUUUGGGGUGAAUCGAGAAAACUAUUGACAUCUUUUAUAGCCUACAUAAUCGUCCUUUUCCUAUUUCCAAUGCAGUGCAAGGUUUUUUUUUGUUUUUUUUUUCUUAAUUUCAUUUUUAAAAAUUGACCUAAAAUUGCACACACGUGUAUGGUAUUUAUUUGCUAAUAAAAGGUCCUUUAUAUUGUAGAAGGGCAGGACCUUUUUUUUUUUUUUGAUCAUGAAUGUCUUUGUACGAGGUGGUAUCAAAAAUUUCAAGGCUAGUUUUGUAACACACCAACAGGUGGCAGCGCAAGGCUGCACGCGUAGUCACAGGGAGCACCGACCUUCAUAAGUCAGUGUGCCAACAACAGUGUUUGGAUCUGUGCAGCUGGCACCAUUCUGACCAUUUGCGUUAAAACGUCUGCGAUUUCAUCGUGGACAGCAAGUUAGAACAAAGUGCAAACGUGAAAUUGUGCGUAUGACAUGAUUCUGCAAGUUUACAUCAAUGCUGCGUUGAGUCAUUUAAGGUGUUUUGAGUCUCACUCUCACUUCAAGAGCCAAACGUCAAAAAGAGAUCAGGAAGACCUACAAGGAGCUCAACCCCCGAAAACCUUUAGAAAACUUGUGCAUGAUGAUCGUCUGAGAACAAUCCACCAUAUCGCUGCUAUUAUCGUUGUGUCAUACGGAACAGUCCAGGCGAUCCUCACCUCACGUGUGGUAUGAAUAUGCACCGUCUAGCUGCCGAAUUCGUCCACAGGCUGCUGACUUAGGUGCAGAAGAAACACUGCGUCGAAGUCUACCAAAAACUGUCAGCAUGCUGUGGAUGACCCAAGGAUCAAGCAACAGUCUUCACCGUGGAAUCAUCUUCACGCAGCGCGCAGCUCGACGAAGUGGAUGCUCAUCGUCUUUUUUGACAUUCGUAACAUUGUGCAUUGAGAAUUCUUCCCCAGGGACCAGACUGUCAAUAGCGAGUUCUACUUUCAGGUUUUAUGGCGUCCGAGGGAGGAUAGUCGUCGAAAGUAACUGGAUCUGUGGCAGGCUAGUUUAAAAAACUUUUUGAUACCACCUCGUAUGUGCACGCGUUAAAGUCGAAAGCCAUUUGACAUGUACAAAGCGAUGCGACUGUAGUCAACCUUUUCCCAUAGUGCUCUCGGCAACACUCGUUUUCCCCGGGUUACACUCUAGACAGCGUGGGCUGGCGCUCUGUGCAGGAUCUCCACUGUCUCCCUGGGCUUAGAAUUAGCACACGCCUAAAUUGUCCCGCUUGUCCGAUCACGCCGAGAUCCAGUGCCUUUCUGCAUGUCCUGUUCAUAAACAGAACGACGAUUGUUAAUCUGAACAGCGCUUACGAUUUCAAUCCAACACUCCAUUCUCAUAGAAAUGGGAAUUUCUCAGUUAGGACCAAGCUCUCAAAAAAAAACACACUCCUCUGAGGAACGAGGGAUGUGCUGGUGUGUUUUCCUUCACUGUGACUGUACCUAUUUUCUCUUUUGUGUUUAGGGUCUAAAUGCUAAUCAGUGUUGCCGUGUGGUUUCUUCUUUCGUGUGGUGUAAAUCUUAAUGCAAGCAGGUUCUUUUUUCUAGGGAGGGUUUUCUAUCAAUCUGGAGAUUUGUAAAAAAAAAAAUUUCUAAUGGUGUACACUGUGACAUGCCGUGAUUGCGAACUAUUUCUACGUCAUUGGGCCAGACUAUGGCCAAAAGUGACCGUUUGUUCAGUGGUGGAGAAGAAAAUGAUCAAAAUUUUUCCUUAUUUCAUUCGUAAAACUGAUCUUAAAAAAAAUGAAAAUUGGACAAUUAAUUUUAAUUUACGUUAGAUGAUUUUAUUUGAUCUUAAACCGAGGUAUUGCGAUUUGUAACAAAAAUGUUGCCACACGCAUUCAAUCAGAUACAUUGUCAUUGCACCAAUGGCAGAAUAGUCGAGAGACAAUAUUGUCUCCAGCCACAUGAGGGCGCUCCUCCUCACGUCAGGAUGACCUUAUUCCAAAGAAAGGUAGUAACAUUUUCUUUGUGGUUUGGAAAUGGUUCGGAUUCGAGAGGUCCGGCGAUGAACAAACUUAUAACAAAUUUGAUUAAUUUAUUCCAGCAUUUGUGUAAAAGACACAGCUGAAAAUAUUUAAUGUUUAAUUAAAAUUGCACAAUAUUUGCUUUCGUAUUUCUUUUAAAUCGUUUAAUUUUUUACAUUUAUUUACAUGUUGACUAUUUAUGUGCAUGGCCACUAAAACGUUCCAUAACCUGAUUUUCAAAUUAUUAAUAAAAUGACUGUACUUCAGUCACGUUGUUGUAGUAAUGUUUAAAGUUGAAUACAUAAAGAAAUUAAAUCUUAAUUGUGAAUAAGUAAAAAAAUCUUGGAGAUUUUUAUUUUUAGCUAUAUCGCCCAAACCUACCCAGACGUGUCUCGGCUGAUCAGCUCCGUAAAAUUCGAACUGUUACUCUAAAAAUCUGCACUAAUAGUUAAGACUUUGAACUUUGGUUCUGAAGGUCGUGAGUUCAAAUCCCAGCCACACCCAUCUGCCCCCUGCUGGGCCCCUGAGCAAAGCCUUAACCCCCACUGCUCAGCUUAGAUGCGAGUUGCUCUGGAUAAGUGCAUUUGCCAAACACCGUAAAUGUAAUAUAAAUAAGUGUUGACCCUCAAAUGACAUUGGAUUUUUCAAUUUACACUAAAUUUUUGACUAGAUUUCGACCUAACAAUCGACGCACACCAUUUUUUUCACAGAGCAAACCUUGCCUUUUUUUUACACCGGUGUAGCUUUAACUCUUCACCUUACAAACAACCAGCAAUAGAAAGAGUUUAAGGUUAAGACUUUAAGUCUUGAAAUAAAACGGCACGCGAAAGUGGAAGUUAUUAGUGCCUAUAGAGAGUUGUACAACGGUGUUUUAGUGGCACUUAAAAUAAACAGUAAGAUUACGAGAAUAAAAUCGUAGCACUACGAGAAUAAAGGUAAAGUGCACGACAUUAGGCGCGUCGUCGCACGGACUUUUAAUGAACAGUGGCUGCUGAUGUUUGAAUUUAUUCUGUUUGCAUAGCGAACUAUUCUGGGUCAUCAAUUUUAAGCUGCAUUUAAGAAAUAGCGCCCUCUAUGGUAAAAAAAUUGUUGCGCCAGAUUUAACCGGUGCUGCUACGACAUUAUUCUCUUAUUGCUACGACUUUAUUUUCGCAAUUGUGACUUCAUUCUCAUAUUGCAACGAUUGUAUCCUAGUUUUAUUUAUUUUAUUUAUUUUUACGAGGCGCUAAAACACGUCAUAGGUAUUCAGUUAUAGUGUCUAAUUUGGUUUAUUUUUCAUGUUGGUUUAUUUUUUUUUAUUAGUUUUUUUGCCACGCUUUUUUUUAUAAGCUUGAUAUUGGAAACGAGGUUUCGAAUGAGGUCGCCUCAUACUCCUUGUUUAAAGCUUUAUGUUUACAGGAUGUGAAUGAACAAUUUUGACGCGUGUUCGAUGGAAUUUUUUUCGGUCUAACAGACCAGUGUUACGCAAUAUUCUAAAGGACCGAAAGCUAACUAUGAUGGGAUUAUUAUGUUGGUCCGCUUGAAACGAAAAACUCUACGCUUGAACUUGUGGUUAUUUUUGUGUCUUACUGCAAUGACCAAACCUUUAAUUUAAUGUUAUUAGCCAAGAACAUGUAAUAAACCAUUGUUAAUUGGUGUGAUGGUGUAAAUGCUGCUGGUGACAAUAUUUAUGGUUUUCUUGUCAAGGAAAUCUGGAUGUUUAGGGAUGGGCAGUUUUAGGGGUGUCAACAAAUAAGUGUGUAUACUGUCAGAAGUCAAUGUUUGGGGGGAAAAAAAGGUUCCAGAUCUACAAAUAAAAAUGAAUUAAAAGCGCAAGCCGAUUGUUGCCAAGGUCAAGUGACGAAGCGAACGUUCUUCAUUCUCAGGAUCUUAUUCUAAGUUGUGUUCUAAAGCUGUUUGGUGGCUUUCAACUGUGUGGGUUUUUUUAAAUAUAUAUAUGUUACACUAAUGUUUAUAUGAAAUGUGUGUGGAUGGUUUCUCAAAUAAAACGCUGAGUAAUGUGUUUUAUGAGGAGUUUGUUCGAUUCUUCAACCCGAUUAAAGAUUCUGGAAAAAUGA